AUGCCCUCACCAGUGCCUAUGCUCACUGAUUGCAACAGAACACUCCUCGGUGCUGUUAAGGUUGAGUGCAAGGAAAACAUGAAAGCAGCUGUUGAGGAAGCUGUAGAUGCCAGAAGAGGAAAGAUUCCAUUUAAUGAGACUGAUUUCGGAAAGUUUGUUGCAAUUCUGCAAGCUGUCUCUCCUUCUCUCCCCCUCCUAUCCCCCUCCUCUGCUCUCCCACUCCUCUGCUCUCCCCUCCUCUCCUCUCCCACCUAUCCUCUCCUAUCCCUCCUCUCCCACUCUAACCUCCCCCUCUCCACUCUGCCCCUCCUCUUUCCCCUCUCAUCACCACCUCCUAUCCUCUCUCCCCCUCUCCUUUCUCCCCCUCUCCAAUCCCUGCUCUCCAAUCCCUGCUCUCCACCCCCUCUCCUCACCCCGCCUCCUCACCCCGCCUCCUCACCCCGCCUCCUCACCCCGCCUCCUCACCCCGCCUCCUCACACCGCCGCCCUCACCCCGCUGCCCCUCACCCCGCUGCCCCUCACCCCGCCGCCCCCUCACCCCACCGCCCCCUCACCCCGCCGCCCCCUCACCCCACCGCCCCCUCACCACGCCGCCCCCUCACCCCACCGCCCCCUCACCCCGCCGCCCCCUCACCACGCCACCCCUUCACCCCGCCGCCCCCUCACCCCGCCGCCCCCUCACCCCGCCGCCCCCUCACCACACCACCCCCUCACCCUGCCACCCCCUCACCCUGCACCCCCUCACCCCACCACCCCCUCACCACACCACCCCCUCACCCUGCCGCCCCCUCACCCCGCCACCCCCUCACCCCGCCGCCCCCUCACCCCGCCGCCCCCUCACCCCGCCACCCCCUCACCCCACCACCCCCUCACCCCGCCACCCCCUCACCCUGCCGGCCCCUCACCCCGCCGCCCCCUCACCCCGCCACCCCCUCACCCCGCCGCCCCCUCACCCCGCCGCCCCCUCACCCCGCCGCCCCCUCACUCCGCCGCCCCCUCACCCCGCCGCCCCCUCACCCCGCCGCCCCCUCACCCUGCCGCCCCCUCACCCUGCCGCCCCCUCACCCUGCCGCCCCCUCACCCUGCCGCCCCCUCACCCUGCCGCCCCCUCACCCUGCCGCCCCCUCACCCUGCCGCCCCCUCACCCUGCCGCCCCCUCACCCUGCCGCCCCCUCACCCUGCCGCCCCCUCACCCUGCCGCCCCCUCACCCCGCCGCCCCCUCACCCCGCCGCCCCCUCACCCCGCCGCCCCCUCACCCCGCUGCCCCCUCACCCCGCCGCCCCCUCACCCCGCCACCCCCUCACCACGCCACUCCCACACCUCUCACACCCCCUCACCCUUGA